AUGGAGAAAGUGCUUGACGACAUUUCUCACCGCCGAUAUAACCCCCUCCGGGGCUCACAUAUCCUGGUGUCUCCCCACCGCACCAAGCGCCCAUGGCAAGGACAGCAGGAAAGUCCGUCCAAGACCACUCUGCCCAAUUACGACCCCGCAUGCUAUCUGUGCCCUGGAAACAAGCGAGCCCAGGGUGAUACCAACCCCAAAUAUGAUAGCACUUUCGUCUUUGUCAACGACUACAGUGCUGUCAAAGAGGAGCAGGCUGCCUAUGUUGACACAAGCAGCGAUGAUCUCGAAUCGCGCUUCCUCAAGGCCGAACCCGUCACGGGCAAGUGCUACGUCCUCACCUUCUCUGCGGCGCACAACCUCACACUGGCCGACCUGUCCCCAAUCGAAAUUGUGCCGGUGAUCAACGCCUGGACCGAGAUCUAUGCUGCCCACCUGUCGCCCAAGUCGCCUCUCGCCCAGAAUGCGCCCCCAACCCACAUCCAGCCCGUUACACCACAUUCCAGCAUUACCAAGCCGAAAGAACAAUAUCGGUAUAUGCAGAUCUUUGAGAACAAGGGUGCGGCCAUGGGCUGCUCGAACCCUCACCCUCACGGUCAGGUCUGGACUACCAGCACGCUUCCCGAGGAGCCCGCAGCAGAGCUGGAGCAGCUCCGCCUUUACCGCCGAGAGCAUGGCGGUAGCCACAUGCUGGAGGAUUACGCAGCGCUCGAGAGCCGCAAGCAGGAGCGUGUUGUCUUCGAGAAUGAGGGGUUCGUCGUCGUCUGCCCGUGGUGGGCGACCUGGCCUUUUGAGACCAUGAUUAUCAGCCGCACCCACAAGCGUGCCCUGGUUGACCUUUCCGAUGCGGAUAAGACUCUCCUCGCCGAGGCUAUCGCGGAGAUUACUCGCCGCUAUGACAACCUCUUCGAGACUCACUUCCCCUACUCCAUGGGUAUUCACCAAGCCCCUCUUGACGGCACUGCCGAGGAGGUAGAGGCCUCGUAUCUGCACUUGCACUUCUACCCGCCUCUCCUGCGGAGCGCGACUGUUCGGAAGUUCUUGGUUGGCUUUGAGUUGAUGGCCGAGCCCCAGCGUGAUAUCACUCCUGAGCAGGCUGCUACCCGCUUACGUGGCUGUGGUGGGGAGCUCUACCGUAAGAAGCUGGAAUAA